AUGGGUAAGAAGAAGCGACGCAAGGUUGAGAAGGUGACUAAGUCGAAGGAACAGAUAGAGUGCGCCACAAGUGACGUGAUACGCCUUCACGACCGCGUGGGCGUGCCGGAGACCGCGCAUUCUAUGGCCCAGACAAUCCGCAAGAAUGUGAGGGGUGUCCAACAAGGGAUUGUGACACGCAAGCACAUUGCCAGGAUGCUGCAGUAUCGCAUGGCGCAGGCCACCGGGCUCACGCACGACUCGCCGCCACGUAACGCUCCCGAUGCGUUCGUCACCCCGCUGACUAGGUUGCAGCAUGAGGCGCAGUUACCGACCAUGUUUGAUCAACCUCGUCACGAUUUUCCGCACGUUCUAAGAUACACUGUGGACUGGUUGGCGGAAGCUUCCCCCGGGGAGCACGAGAAGCUGACGAAGGUCACGUUAUCGUUUAACAUGCACGACCUUGGCCUGUCCGAAAUGCAGCUGCGUAAAAUGAAGGAAAUUCUAGGCCCCGACAACUACGACGAGGCCAGUGGCGUGGCCAUUCUGCAGGGUGACAUCUUUGAGACCCUCAACCACAACGCGCACUACCUUGGCGAUAUUACUGAACGUUUGAUGCGCGCCGUGAGGGAGUGA